CGCACGGCGACGAAGAGGAAGGCCGUGCGCGUCCCCACAGGCAGUACGGAGAGCGAACCAGAGAGCGGUAGCUAUGGCGGACACUAGUAACAGCAAUGGCAGUGGGGCCGCGGCGGUAUCCGGAGCCGGCGCCGCAGGAGCAACCGGCGCUGCCGGAAACACCGAAGCUCCCAAGUUGAGUCCGGAGUCGGUCAAGGGCCAGUUCUUCGAUGUGGGCCCUCGCUACACCGACCUGACGUACAUCGGGGAGGGGGCCUACGGGAUGGUGUGCUCAGCCUAUGAUAACGUGAACAAACAUCGGGUGGCCAUCAAGAAGAUCAGCCCAUUUGAGCACCAGACUUACUGCCAGCGCACUCUGCGUGAGAUUAAGAUCCUGCUGCGCUUCAGACAUGAGAACAUCAUUGGGAUCAACGACAUUCUGAGGGCGCGUUCGCUCCAGAACAUGCGUGACGUCUACAUUGUGCAGGACCUGAUGGAGACUGAUCUCUACAAGCUCCUCAAGACGCAACAGCUCAGCAAUGAUCAUAUCUGCUACUUCCUGUAUCAGAUUCUGCGUGGCCUCAAAUACAUCCACUCAGCAAAUGUUCUCCACCGGGACCUGAAGCCGUCCAACCUGCUGAUUAAUACCACUUGUGAUCUUAAGAUUUGUGACUUUGGCCUGGCUCGGAUAGCUGACCCUGAGCAUGACCACACAGGAUUUCUCACAGAGUAUGUCGCCACUCGCUGGUACCGGGCCCCCGAAAUCAUGCUGAACUCCAAGGGCUACACCAAAUCCAUAGACAUUUGGUCAGUUGGUUGCAUCCUGGCUGAAAUGCUGUCCAACAGGCCAAUUUUCCCUGGAAAGCAUUACCUAGACCAACUUAACCAUAUCCUGGGUAUUCUUGGCUCUCCAUCGUUAGAUGACCUGAAUUGUAUCAUAAACCACAAGGCACGCAAUUACUUGCAGUCCCUGCCACAGAAGCCUAAGAUCGCCUGGAACAAGAUGUUCCCCAAAGCGGAUGGGAAAGCUUUGGAUCUGCUGGAUCGAAUGUUGACUUUCAACCCCAAUAGGCGCAUCACUGUGGAGGAGGCGCUGGCUCACCCUUACCUGGAGCAGUACUAUGACCCAAGCGAUGAGCCAGUGGCAGAGGAGCCUUUCACGUUCAACAUGGAGCUGGACGACUUGCCCAAGGAGAAGCUAAAGGAGCUGAUCUUUGAGGAAACUGCACGUUUCCAGGCCACCUACCAGGGCUCUUGAGGAGGCAGUGGAUACCACUUUGGUGGCGUAAUCUCCCUUUUUGUCUCUGAAGUGGAUGACGGAGAAGGCGAGUGACACAGGACUUUUUUUCUUUUCCUGCAGAAGAACAAAAACAGAUAAACAAAAAAAAAA